AUGGCGUCGUCGGCACCGUCUAGGCGCGCGGCGGCGUCGCUGCUGGCGUCGCUGCGCGCCGUGACCCCGGCGACGCGGUGCCCGAACCCGGCGGUUCCGUCGACGAGAGCUUUUGACCGUAGGGGCUUCGCGUCGUGGGCGUCGACGCCCUCGCCCGCCUCGGGCGUCGCGUGGAUGACCUCGCGGGUCAAGGAACUCAAAGACGCGGCUCGCGCGCAGAUGGACGCGGCGAAAGUCGCCCCCGAGCGCCUGAAGAGCGCGGCGCGCGAGAGCGUCAGACGCAGGCUCGCCUCGGCGCUCGGCCCGAGAGCCGCGGAGAGCAUCAUGUCCGGCACCCUCUCGCUCAACCCCGCGACGCACGCGCGCAACCUCACGCUCCGAGCGCGCGCCUUUAGAUUCAGGCACAGGGCGCCCAUCGCCGCCGUCGCGGGCGCCGGCGCGACGUGCGCCACCUACGGCGCCGCCGUCGGCGCCGCCGAGCGCCUCCGGGGACGGGGCGACGAUGACGCCCAGCGCCUCGACGCGACGUCGAAGCUCGCGACGCUCGCGCUCAGCGCCGGCUGCGUCGCCGCCGCCGCGACGUACCUCCGCGCGCGUAGCCGCGUCGACCCCGAGCGCGUCCACGCGGCGGUCAUGCGACGCCUCGAGCGCCACCCGGGCCUGUGCGAGGUGCUCGGCGCCCCACUCGUGUCGUCGGAGCAUCGAGCCGUCGUGACCACAGGGGGCGUGUGGACGUCGAGGACGUACACGCCCCGGUUCAGGGACGCCAAGGUGCACAUGGCGUUUCGCGUCGCCGGCACCCGCAAGUUGGGUCUGGUGACGGUCGAGGCGAAGAAGCGAAAGGCGUGGGGCGGGGGUGUGCGUGCCAGCUGGCACCAUUUCAUUGGCGGGGACCCGCACGAGUACGCCCUCGUCGCCGUCGACGUCGCCGCGGAUAACGGCGACGAGCACAGGGUCUACCUCGCGGGGGGCAGCGAGAGGUACGCGAAGCAGGGGGAGGUGACUGGCAUGCACAUGCGCGAGGCGCUGGUGAGCGUCGCGUCCGAGGCGUACGAGGCGGAGCAGCGGGGGGAGGAGGCGGAGGAGGACGAACGAUUGAGGCGGGAGAAGGCGGAGGCUCGGGCCGAGUCCGCGCCGAAACCGCUGGACAAGGGCGGGGGCAUGUGGCCCGCCGAGCGGGUGACGGACUACGUGGCGCAGAAGAGACACGAGGCGGCGAGGUUCGUCACCAAGCUGGGAGUGGCGGACGCCCGGAAGUAG